CACCAAGGAUAUUUCCGUAACGUCAAAGAUGGCGGCUCACAUGUCAGGGUGAUUUCUUCUCUCGACCAAAGAGAAAUGCUGGUGUGUUUUUGAAGAAACGGUGUUUCAGGAGACGAUAGUUUGCCGAGCAGAGUUUUAUUUUGUUUGAUGAGGAGGACAUGGCUCUGAGGGAAAUAAAUCGCGGUGUGCGGCUGCUCCUCGGUCAAAUCCAUCGAUGUCGCCCAGUGGCUGCAAGCCAGACAGCUCGGUGCUUGAGUCAGGCGGCCCCUCGGUCGGAACCCGUAGAGGAUCAAAGUGAAGCCGUGAGCCCGACCUUCGUGAACAGGAACCCCCGCAACCUGGAGCAGAUGGCCCUGGCUGUGAAGGACCGAGGCUGGAAGACCAUCUGGCCCCGCCGCGAGUACUACCACAGGCUGAUGUUCUUCCGCAGCAACCACUUCGUGACGGCCCAAGUGUUCUCCAGCAGCUCUCCCGACCCGGUGCUGACUUGUUCAACCAAAGAGUGGGCGCUGAAGGAGCAGCUGGCUUCCACGAACUGCGUGGCGGCGUGUCAGGCCGUGGGCGAGGUGCUGGCGCAUCGGUGCCGGCAGGCUGGCAUCACCAGAAUGGUGUACAGGGAGAUUCCCUGGACGUACCGCUCCGAUGCUGUUCAGUCUUUCAGGGCAGCGAUGAAAGCGGGAGGAAUCACCCUCAGCGAACCCAGAAGGAAAUUUGUCGGGACAUGAGUUUAGGUGUCAUCUGUCGCAGCUGUUGUUUUGUAUAAAUGUCUUCUUUAUCGCUUACUUCCUCCUUUGUUUGAAUUAUGACUGACAUCAGAACUACAGUUAAUAAAAAGGAUCAAAAGGUGUGAUCAAAGGAA